GGCCCCGCGACCAGUGAACACACAGGAGGGAACCGUUUCCGGGUCUCUUAAAGAGACAGUACAGCUGUCAUGGCAACAAGUGAGAGGGUUAGACUGCAGGUCCAGGACAGGUAACAGACUAUCACACGGGUCACAAAUGACGACGUAACACCACCCAAACCUGGCAACCAGUGCUGGCAACCCACGGAGCUUCCUCAGCCAAUCAGAAGUCAGCUAGAGUUGACGCGUGCUUAGCUGCUGCUCAGCACACCGCCAGCUAAACCAGGCGAGAUUCCUCAGUGACCAUCAAGUGAACUUAACCGCCUGAAAAGUUUGUAUUUUCCAUGAAAGAUAUUCCAGUAUUUGUCGACAUUGCAGGUGAGGUCCAUGUGAAAGAUGGGAAGAGAGAAGGACGUUAAAGGAGAAGUGAAGGCCAAGCACAAAGCAACGAAGCUGAAAAGGCUAAGUGACUAUGAAAGCGCUGGUGCCUGGGGAGACACGAUCAAGAACAAUGCCAAGUUAACUAAAUCCACAGAGAAAACCGAUAAUGGAAAAUCUCAUAAGAAAGUCAAGACACCUAAGACUGAUACUCUGGAGUCACCCAGCAGUCCCAGGGAGUCAGUCGAACAGGAGCCAGAGGAUGAUGACUUUACUGCCCAGAAGAAAGGGAUGAAACGGAAAAGAGUUAAGGAUGAGCCCAUGGAAGGCCCUUCACACUCCACUGCUACACCUACCUCAAAGAAGAAAAAUAAGCGACACAAGCAGGAAGAAGAAAGUGACGUAGAAAUUCAGAAUAAGAAGUCAAAGAAGAGAACUGAAAAGGCGGUAAAGAGAGAGGAAGGAGAGCAUCCAGUCUCUAAAAAACCAAAGAGGACAAAGGAGGAGAUUGACGAGGCAAGACAGCUGAAGAUCAAAAAGAAGAAGGAGGAGGAGGAGCAGAAUCGCUGGAGAUGGUGGGAGGAAGAGAAGUAUGAAGAUGGGGUGAAAUGGAAGUUCCUUGAACACAAUGGACCCUACUUCCCUCCUGAGUACCAGCCUCUGCCAGACGACGUUCACUUCUACUAUGCUGGUAAGGAGGUGAAACUGAGCCUGGCAGCCGAGGAGGUGGCGUUUUUCUUUGGCCAGAUGUUGGACCAUGAGUACACCACCAAGAAGGUGUUCCGGGAGAACUUCUUUAAAGACUGGAGGAAGGAAAUGACCCAUGAGGAGAGGUCACUGAUUAAAGAUCUUGACAAGUGUGACUUUGGAGAGAUCCACGCCAUGCACAAAGCAAAGGUGGAGGCCAGGAAAAACAUGACCAAGGAGGAGAAACUGGUUUUGAAAGAGGCCAACCAGAAGAUAGUGGACGAGUACGGCUACUGUCUGCUGGACCACCACAAAGAACGCAUCGGCAACUUCAAGAUUGAACCUCCAGGGCUGUUCCGGGGGAGAGGCGAGCAUCCCAAACAGGGCAUGCUGAAGAAAAGGAUCCAACCAGAAGAUGUCAUCAUCAACUGCAGCAAAGAAGCCCGUAUCCCCGUGCCGCCUACUGGUCACCGCUGGAAGGAGGUUCGACAUGACAACACUGUGACAUGGCUGGCCAGCUGGACUGAGAACAUCCAGGGCAGCAUUAAAUACAUCAUGCUCAAUGCCAACUCAAAACUCAAGGGAGAGAAGGACUGGGAGAAAUACGAGGUUGCUCGGAAACUGAAGUCAUGCGUGGACGACAUCCGCAACCAGUACAUGCAGGAUCUGAAAUCUAAACAGAUGGGCACGCGACAAAGAGCUGUGGCCCUCUACUUCAUAGACAAGCUGGCACUGAGAGCUGGUAAUGAGAAGGAGGAGGGAGAGACUGCCGACACAGUUGGUUGCUGUUCACUACGCGUGGAGCAUAUCACACUCCACGAGCAGCUGGAAGGCAGCGAGUGUGUGGUGGAAUUCGACUUCCUGGGUAAAGACUCCAUUCGCUACUACAACAAGGUCCCUGUCAUCAGAAAGGUUUUUAAGAAUCUUAAAUUGUUCCUGGAGAACAAACAACCUGGAGAUGACCUCUUUGACCGCCUUAAUACAGCAGUGCUGAACAAGCACCUGAGUUCUCUAAUGACUGGUCUGACUGCGAAGGUCUUCAGGACGUAUAACGCUUCCAUCACUUUACAGCAGCAGCUCAAAGAGCUCACAAACAAGUCCGACAAUGCAGCUGAGAAACUGCUCUCCUACAACCGUGCUAACAGAGCAGUUGCCAUUCUGUGUAACCACCAGCGGGCGCCGCCAAAGACCUUCGAUCAGUCCAUGGCUAACCUUCAGGCCAAGAUUGAUGCUCAGAAGGAAAAGCUGGCCCUAGCAAAGACGGAGCUGAAACAGGCAAAGAAGGAGGCCAAGACCAAAGGCAGCUCAGACCCCAAGCUGCAGACGCUGGUGGAGCGUAAGAAGGCAGCAGUGAAGCGCUGUGAGGAGCAGCUGCUGAAGUUGGAGGUCCAGGCGACUGACAGAGAAGAAAACAAACAGAUUGCACUGGGUACCUCAAAGCUCAACUACCUGGACCCACGCAUUAGUGUGGCUUGGUGUAAAAACGUGGAGGUACCUGUAGAAAAAAUCUACAAUAAGAGCCAAAGGGACAAGUUCGCCUGGGCCAUCGACAUGACAGAGGCAGACUUUGAGUUCUAACUUUAAACUUAUGAAACUCCAGUCUUGUUAGCCGAUGCAAUUAAGGAACCAUUCACUUUGUAAUACAUACAGAACUUUAAUAUUUCAUUCAUAAUAUGUUCAUGGACUACUGAUGGUGUACUUCAUAAAACUGUGUGACGUGUUUUGUUUACUGCUGUUCGUUUCUGCUUUUGGCACUUAAUUUUGUUUUGUUUGUAAAUUUUGUGUUUGCACUAAUUUGAAUAAAGGUUCCUAUCAUGCAGUGAUGUGACACACUUUUGAGUGGACAUUCUUGGAAAUACCUGAUUCUGAAUACAAUAAAUGUGAUUUAAAAAACA